UGAGUAAUGUGCUUUUAGAGUCAAUCGUCAACUCAUGAUUGUUUAGAGGUUAUGAAAAUCAAAACUAACAAACAUUCUACAAGAAAAUUUUUUAAAGCUUUAUAUUUAUCGCUUUGAAGCUGCACACUACAGUGAAUUUAUCUGAAAUAUAUUCAUAAGUCAGUGUACAAUAAUGGCCGAAAAAGCUGGCGAUUGGUGUUUGAUUGAAAGUGAUCCUGGAAUUUUCAGUGAAUUGAUUCGAGAGUUUGGUUGCAAAGGAGUGCAAGUUGAGGAACUGUGGACUUUGGACAAUCAGACAUUCGAAACGUUAAUGCCAGUACAUGGACUGAUCUUUUUAUUCAAAUGGACAAAAGACUCUUCCAAUCCGAGCGGUUCUAUUGUUCAAGACAGCAGACUAGAUAAGAUAUUUUUUGCUAAGCAGGUUAUCGAAAAUGCCUGUGCCACCCAAGCCAUUUUAAGCAUUUUAUUAAAUUGCCGCCAUCCGGACGUAAAAAUCGGCCCUACUUUAACGGAGCUGAAAGAAUUUUGCCAAGGAUUUGAUGCCAAUAUGAAGGGACUUACAAUUAGUAACUCUCAAGUAAUAAGUUCUGUACACAACUCAUUUGCCAGACAGCAAAUAUUUGAGUUUGAUCCAAAUAGCAGCAAAAAGCAAGAAGAUGCUUAUCAUUUUAUCAGUUAUGUUCCUAUCGAUGGAAGACUGUAUGAAUUGGAUGGCUUAAAAUCGGGACCUAUUGAUUUGGGAGUUAUCCCAGCUGACACAGAAUGGACAUCUGUUGUUAAACCUAUUAUUGAACAAAGAAUGAAAAGAUACAGUGAAGGAGAAAUUCACUUCAAUCUUAUGGCUAUAGUUACCGACCGGAAGCUUCUUUAUGAGAGGCGCAUUGAAGAAAUUCAAAAGAAAAUUGAUGCUGGUGUCACAGAUGCUUCUACCAUUAACAUGUUAAGACACUACAAUUUGCUAAUUGAAGAAGAAGAACAGAAAAGAAACCAAUACAAAAUAGAAAAUAUCAGACGGAAACACAAUUAUUUACCUCUGAUUGUAGAAAUUAUGAAGAUAUUGGCUCGGGAAGGUAAGCUAAUGCCAUUAUAUGAGAAGGCGAAGGAGAGAGCUUUAAAAAAGCAGAAAGUUAAAAAUUCCGCAUAGUGUGUCGGGUUUUAUUGAUGAUUUAAGACAAUAUAUUUUAAGGUAAUUGGAA